AUGGCUAACAUGGUCAAUAUCUGUAUUGACAAACAAACAUUACAUUUUCCAUUUUCUAUAUCUGUUUCAGGGUCCAAGAAGAAGACAAAGGUCAUCAAAAACAAUCCUAACCCUGUGUGGAAUGAGGGUUUUGAGUGGGAUCUGAAGGGGAUUCCUCUGGACUCUGGAGCUGAGAUUCACUGUGUUGUUAAAGAUCAUGAGAAAAUGGGGAGAAACAGGUUUCUGGGGGAGUGUCGGCUAGGUCUUAGAGAUGUGCUCAACUCUCCCAAUUUCGCCGCCACCUUCACCGUCUCCUUGCUGGACACCAAGAGGAACAACACAGGGGCCACGCUGACCCUGCAAGUUUCCUACCUUCCUCCUCCGGGAUCGGCUCCGAUGUUUCAGCCUCCUCCCCAGCUGGACCCUCAGCCUCAUAACAAUCCCAGUGUGGAGCUGGACACAGUCACAAUGAUCUCUCUGGAUACUUUGGGCGAGGAGGAUACAGAGAGUAUGAUGAUGCUUGAGCCCACAGAGGACCAGGGAGCAGACGAUGGACGCUCCAUGGUGAUAAUUGGUCCUCAGGGGCCCCCGGGCCAGGAAUCCCCCACCGCCCAGACGCCCAAGCGUUCACCGCCAUCCUACCACACCCAAGGAGGGCUGAGGAAGAGGAGGAGAGGAGCCAGCAGUCAGCCCAAACAGCUACCCAACAAACCACAGGAUCUACAGAUUCGUGUGCGGGUCAUUGAGGGACGACAGUUGCCGGGCAUCAACAUUAAACCUGUUGUUAAGAUAGCAGUUGCCGGGCAGUCCAAGAGGACCCGAAUCAGAAAGGGGAACAACCCAGUCUUUGAUGAGACUUUCUUCCUGAACUUCUUCGAGACACCCUCAGACUUGUUUGACGAACCCAUUUUCAUCACUGUAUGUGACUCUCGUUCGCUUAGAACUGACGCCGUGAUAGGUGAAUUCAAGAUGGAUGUGGGCACCAUCUACAAUGAGCACAGGCACUGCUUCUUGAGGAAGUGGCUUCUGCUUUGUGACCCUGACGACCUCUCUGCUGGGGUCAAAGGCUACCUGAAGGUCAGCUUGAUUGUCUUAGCAGCUGGAGAUGAGCCACCGGCUGAUAAACGUGAGUGUGUGGAGGAUAAAGAGGAUAUAGAAUCAAACCUGUUGAGGCCUGCAGGUCUGUCUUUGAGAGGAGCCUCGUUCAACCUGAGGAUCUUCAGAGCUGAAGACCUGCCACAGAUGGACGAUGCCUUCAUGGAUGGGAUGAGGCAGAUUCUUGGCUUUGAUAGCAACAGGAAGAAUCUGGUGGAUCCUCUGGUGGAGAUUCACUUUGCUGGCAAAACGAUUUGCACUAAGACUUUGGAAAAGAAUGCCAAUCCACAGUGGAACCAGCGCCUGGCCAUGCCAGUCAGAUUUCCUUCCAUGUGUGAGAAGAUGAGGAUCAGAAUUCUGGACUGGGAUAGAGCCAGUCACAACGACGUUAUCGGCACCACCCACCUCUGUAUGUCCAAGAUCUCCGCCCCCGGAGGAGAGAUAGAUGAUGACUUGACUCCACGGAGCGUCCACUCUGGCAUGGAUGACAGUCUUGGUUUCCUGCCAACGUUUGGUCCAUGUUUUGUAAACCUAUACGGCAGCCCCAGAGAGUUCACCGCCUUCAAUGACCCCCAUGAGGCUCUUAACUUGGGAAAAGGGGAGGGCGUGGCAUACCGAGGCCGGGUUUUACUGGAACUUACCACGAAACUGGUGGACAAGCCGGAGCAAAAAACUGAAGACAUACCCUCAGAUGAUCUUUUGGUGGUGGAGAAGUUUCUCAGGAAGAGGAAGUUCUCGCUCUUCGUUGCAUUUUACUCGGCCACGCUCCUCCAGGACGUCGACGACGCCAUCCAGUUUGAAGUCAGCAUCGGCAACUACGGCAACAAGUUCGACUACACCUGCCUUCCUCUGGCCUCCACUACUCAGUUUAGCAGGGCAGUGUUUGACGAUCCCGAGGUGUCAAAAAAUGGUUGCCACUACAGACACGUACUAAAGCCUGCGGAGGCGAACCUGCAGAGGGUGCAGCUGGCAGUAAAGGCUGGCGGCGAUCUGGAGGAGGUGGAGCUCAGAGUGGUGGAGUUGUUGGACCAGCUUAUCAGUGACUGCAGUGAUGAGCUGCCCUCACUCGAUCAGUGGCAGUGUGCAACGCCUCUGGAUCGCUCGCUGAGGCACGUUCGUACCCUCCACUUGCAGCAGAUCGCUGCGGCGGCGCUGGCUCUCAAACACGGCCCGGAGACUGAGCUCUCCACGAUGCUGGAGCAGGCUGAGGACUGGGCCAACAGGCUGAGGACCAUGACUGAAGAGCCCCAGAACAGCCUUCCAGACAUCGUGAUAUGGAUGUUGCAGGGUGACCGCAGGGUAGCGUACCACCGCAUCCCAGCACACACCGUCAUCUUCUCCCAGCAGCACUGUGGGAAACACUGCGGUCAGCUGCAGACUGUCUUUCUUAAGUGUCCACAGGGCAGUGGAGGAGAAGCCAAACUUCCCGGUCAGUUGAGGGUUAAAGUUUGGUUUGGAUUGGCUGCUGAUGUCAAACACUUCAAUGAAUAUGCUGAAGGAAAACUGUCUGUCUUUGCCGAGGCGUAUGAGAACCAGACACGGCUCGCCCUGGUGGGCAGCUGGGGAACUACAGGUUUAACCUACCCCAAGUAUAGCGACAUCACCGGGAGAGUUAAAUUGCCCAAAGAGAGUUUCAAACCCUCGCCCGGCUGGUCCUGGGCUGGAGACUGGUACAUCAGCCCCGAGAGGACACUCCUGUUUGAUGUGGAUGCCGGUCACAUGACCUUCACAGAGGAAGUGUUUGAAAACCAGAUGAGGCUACCAGGUGGCCAGUGGAUCGGCAUGCAGGAAGGAUACACGGAUGUGAACGGGGAGAAGGCGGUGCCAAAGGACGAGAUUGAGUGUCCACCAGGUUGGGUAUGGGAGGAGGUGGAGUGGAGUGAGGAUCUCAACAGGGCUGUGGAUGAUCAAGGCUGGGAGUACGGCAUCACCAUUCCCCCAGACCGGCGUCCCAAGUCGUGGGUGCCGGCAGAGAAGAUGUACCACACCAACCGACGGAGACGAUGGAUACGGAUGAGGCGACGAGACCAGCAGAAGAUGGACGCUCUGAGAAAGCAGCGUCCAGACGAGGCGGAGAGGGAGGGCUGGGAGUACGCCUCGCUUUUUGGCUGGAGGUUCCACCUCAAGCCCAGGAAGACGGACAGCUUCAGGAGGCGCAGGUGGAGGCGCCGCAUGGAGCCGCUGGAGAAGACAGGACCGGCAGCCAUUUUUGCCCUUGAGUGUUCUCUGAGCAGUAUAGAGGACAAGAAUGAAGACAAGUCAGUUACGACCACGUUUGGAGUCAACAGGCCUACCAUUUCCUGUUUCUUUGAGCGUGGCACUCGAUACCAUCUGCGCUGCUAUCUGUACCAAGCCAGAGACCUGCUGCCCAUGGACAAAGACAGCUUCUCAGACCCCUACGCGAUCGUAUCCUUCCUCCACCAAUCCCAGAAGACGGUGACGGUGCGAAACACUCUCAAUCCCACCUGGGACCAGACUCUCAUCUUCUAUGAAGUGGAGAUUUUUGGCGACUCCGAGGUCACGAUGGCCAGCCCCCCCAAUAUUAUAGUGGAACUCUACGAUCAGGACACAUACGGAGCUGAUGAGUUCAUGGGUCGCUGCGUGUGCCAGCCCUCACUGACUCGGUCGCCACGCCUGGCCUGGUUCCCAAUUCGCAGAGGGGACAAGAAUGCUGGCGAGCUGCUGGCUGCCUUUGAGCUUAUACGCAGAGAAAAGCCGUCACUUCACCAUAUUCCAGGUCAAGAGGGAGAUUUCCUGACUUCCACCCACAUCUUAGAUGAGCUGAUGUUUCCAGGAUUCCUCUCUGAAAACCUGCAGCAAUGGCCGGAGGAGUCAGACCUUCCCUACCCACCGCCUCAGAGAGAGCCAAAUGUCUUCAUGAUUCCUCAGGGAAUCAAACCUGUUCUGCAGAGAACCGCCAUCGAGAUUUUAGCAUGGGGCGUCCGGAACCUGAAGAGCUUCCAGCUGGCCAGCGUUACCUCCCCCAGCCUGCAGGUGGAGUGUGGAGGCAGCAUGGUCCAGAGCUGCGUCAUCCGCAGUGUGAAGAAGAAGCCUAACUUUGACAUUAAUACGCUUCUCCUUGAUGUGAGACUUCCCCAAGAGGAGCUCUACAUGCCGCCAAUUGUCAUCAAAGUCAUUGACAAUCGUCAGUUUGGGAGGAAGCCGGUGGUUGGGCAGUGCACCAUCCGCUCGCUGGAGGAGUACCGCUACAACCAAGAAGAUGAGCAAGCUGUGGAGUUGGAGGGAGAGGAGGAAGGAUGGAGAUGUGAGACGCCCCAUUUAAUUUCUGGGGAGGUUUUUAUUGACAUCGAUGAUGAGCAGCCGCUUGUGUCUGACCAGGGAGAAGAGAUUAUGGACUGGUGGAGUAAGUUCUACGCAUCGACUGGAGAGAAAAACAAGUGUGCGACUUAUCUGGAGGAAGGCUUUGACACUCUCAAGGUGUAUGACCGGGAGCUGGAGAAGAUCGAGGAUUUUAAAGGACUCUCUGAUUUCUGCCAAACAUUCAAACUGUACAGAGGAAAGACUCAAGAUGAAGGAGAAGAUCCCUCAGUGGUGGGAGAGUUCAAGGGCAUGUUUAAGAUCUACCCCCUGCCAGAUGACCCCGGUGCCCCUGUUCCCCCAAGGCAGUUCAGAAAGCUGCCUCCCAAUGGCAUCGAGGAGUGCUUGGUCCGAGUCUACAUCAUCCAGGCUCAUGGACUCCAGCCCAAAGACCCCAAUGGGAAGUGUGACCCGUAUGUGAAGAUCACGCUGGGGAAGAAGUCAGUCAACGACCAUGAAAACUACAUCCCCUGUACACUGGACCCAGUCUUUGGAAAGAUGUUUGAGCUCACAUGUUCUCUCCCACUGGAAAAGGACCUUCGCGUGAUGCUGUACGACCACGACAUGCUCACCAAAGACGAGAAGAUCGGCGAGACGGUGAUUGACCUGGAGAACCGCUUCCUGUCCAAAUAUGGAGCCAUGUGUGGCCUGCCACAGUCAUAUCAUGUAUCUGGAGUAAACCAGUGGCGAGACCAGCUGACACCCACGCAGCUGCUAUACAGAUUCUGUGAGAGAAGAAAUCUGCGGAAGCCAGUCUAUGAAGACGAAGCAGUCCGCUUCAAAGGAGAACGAUACAUCGCUGCCGACCUCGAGGACAAAAAUGUGUCCAAACGUCAUCUUGGCCCAAUUAAGGAGCGACUGUCCCUUCACAUCUUGAGGAAACUGGGAUUGAUACCCGAACAUGUGGAAACCAGACCACUCUACAGCCCGCUCCAACCUGACAUAGAGCAGGGGCGUCUGAUGAUGUGGGUUGACCUCUUCCCCAAGUCUCUGGGACUACCUGGACCGCCGUUCAACAUCACGCCACGAAAGGCCAAAAAGUUCUUCCUGCGUUGCAUCAUCUGGAACACCAGUGAUGUCAUCCUGGAUGAUGUCAGCAUCAGCGGGGAGAAGAUGAGCGACAUUUAUGUCAAAGGCUGGCUCGACGGACAUGAACACAACAAGCAGAAGACAGACGUCCACUACCGCUCUCUGGGAGGAGAGGGGAACUUCAACUACAGAUUCCUGUUUCCCCUCAACUACUUACCAGCAGAGCAACUGUGCGUCGUUGACAAAAAGGAACAUUUCUGGAGUCUGGAUAAAGCCGAGACUAAACUGGCUCCUAAACUGACCAUUCAGAUCUGGGACAACGACAAGUUCUCCUUUGACGACUACCUAGGUCACCUGGUGAUGGACCUGAACCACAUGUUGCGUCCAGCAAAGUCUCCAGAGAAGUGUACUCUUCAGGUGCUCGACCAGCCACCGGACAAACUGGUGUCUCUGUUUGAACAGAAGACCGUCAAAGGCUGGUGGCCCUGCACCUGCGAGAACAAUGGAGAGAAGAUCAUCGCUGGGAAGGUGGAGAUGUCUCUGGAGAUAGUGACAGAGCAGGAGCAAGAGGAGAGACCAGCCGGCCUCGGCAGAGAUGAACCCAACAUGAACCCUCACCUGGAGGAGCCUCAGCGUCCAGAGACAUCCUUCCUGUGGUUCUCCUCCCCUUACAAGACCCUCAAAUACAUCCUGUGGAGACGGUUCAAGUGGUUCAUCAUUCUCUUCAUUUUCCUCUUCUUCAUUAUCCUCUUCCUUGGAGUCUUCCUCUACUCCUUCCCGAACUAUGCUGCCAUGAAGAUGGUGGGACCAUUUGGACCAGCCAAGGAAACAACUUAAGAUGAGGAGCAUUUGAAGGAAAAGACAAACAGACGUGAACAAAUGGAGACAAUGAGAAACCACACCACUGUUCUGAGAGUGAAACAAGCACGGAUUUUAUUAGCCCUUUCUUCUUCUUUUUGAGACUUUUUCUGUUGUCUUCCUGGAGUCAUGAGUGAUGAAGUCAGCCAAAUUGUCAGAUCCAGAUGUCCUUUGAUAUAGUCACACCUGAUUAGCAGUGGCUGAAUGUGCGCUUAUGUUUGAUAUGUGUGCAUUUUGUGCCUUUACAGUUAGAUUCACUUCUGUACUUCUGUGCUGAAAGCGUUUCCAAAGUUACUAUCAGAACUCAGCGUGUGCCGUCUGCAUCGCCGUCAUCCCUCAGUCACCGCUUUCAUCUCUCUUCCCGCCUCGCGCUCUCUCUGCUGCCCUCAUGCAGGGGAGGACAAGAAGAAAAGCUCGCCGCUGAGUGAGGCUGCGCUCCGAAACGGCAGAAACAGAAUUAAAGAUCGUGAUUUUGAUGGUGUUUGAUCUUUUUACCGCCCGCUGCUUCCCUGCGAGAGGCAUAGUCAGGUCAGGCAGUCAGUUUACCGACUCAUGUCAAACUUUAUCACUCCAAAAAAUUCAAUCUGAGGUUAAAGCGUGGCGGGAGUUUUCAGCUAUCAUUCUGUUUGAAUCACCUUUUAAUGUUGUUGCCCUGCUGCUUUCAAGUGCAAUCAGACUUUUAUUUUUAAAAUGUUCAGAUCAGAGUUAAGUUGUUAGAAGUGAAACAUAAUAUCCAGGCUGGGUGGUUUUUUUUUCUUUGAUUAUAUUUUUAUUACAGCAGGUCACAUACGAUGCCUUCAGGUUGUGUGGGAUUUCCCAUCACUUACUGAAUACUGUUAAAAACAAAUUUUCGAGCUCCUCUCCUUAACUAUCAGUUCUUCUCCUUCUUUUCCCUCAUCUUCCUCCGUUUUCCCCCUCCUCCCUCUCUAUCCAACCUAAUCCCCCUCCUCCUCAGGGUUCAGCAGGUUAAGUCAGGGAUUUGCGUUUGAGCCGUAUUAUUACACAGCAUGUUUUAGAUAGAUGAUGUGGGCUGAUAUGAACACAGAAGGACACAUUGUGUUGUUGAUCCUUAAACCGCUCAAGCUUUAGUGAGCAAAGCCGAACAUCGGUGAAUGAUAAAGAAGAACAGAGUCAUGAUUUGAAAAAUUUUAUGUAAAGUCUCAUUUUUGCUUAUAUUUAUUAUCUUCUUUUCUUUGGGUGCAACCACAUCCUGGCUUAGUUUGGUUUGCUCCACAGUGGAAAAGUUGACUUGGACCCUUUUAGUUCAUUUUAGGUUCACACCAGCUGGUUACAGGUUGAGCAGGCCUCGUAAAUGAAAGUCACAUCGACUCACAAGCAGCUCAUUAACGUGAGCACUUUUGGUAACCUGUCGUCCUGCCAGGUCAGAGAGGAUUUACCUCCAAGCUUCACUACAUCAGCAUAUAUCACAGUUUCUGAGAGUAGGUGUUUUUUGUGUGUGUUCUGUUUGUUUGUUUGUUUUUUACGUUAGCGUAUUUCAAUGUUCACCUUUAAAUGCUGCAUUUUUCUCUUUUUUUGUAUUUUUAUUUUUUUAAUCAGAGAUUUGAUUCAACUAAAAAGGCAAAAAGUCUCACGAAAACUAAAUUCAAAAACCUCUGAGGGUAAGGCUUACUAAAGUGCAUUUGAUUUAUGCUGCAGAUACAUAUGAAAUGAAAUCAAGUGCUUUAUGAUUAUUUUCCAAGUACUCACAGUAUGUUGAGUUUCUGCAUAGCAUUUAAUCUCCCUUUUUGAAUCUAGGGAAUUAAGUUUUGAAGUAUGAAUUCCAUAGUUUCUGUCUUAAUUAGCCAAAGUGUGGAGGACCAAAGCUGCCAGAGAAAGACAAAAGUUAACAUCAGAAAAUGAAUGAAUAUGGCAUUAAAU